GGAGGCGAAGAAGAAGAGACCCGAAGAGGGAAAUCGCGGUGAGCUCGCGCUCCAUGACGCCGCAUCAACAAAUAAAGCAGGCGAGGCCCGAUCGAUCUCCGCGAUCAGUGUAACGAAAAAAUUGCGCCGAAAACGCAGAAACUCCGACCGCCCGCCUCCGGAUGAGAUCUUCUCUGACAUCUCGGCGGAUCGUUGGAAGCAGGUACGAUGAAUUAUAUUGGAGGUUCAUCACUUGCUCUUUUGCGUAUGCUCCCAGAAAUCUUUGCCUUUCCGUGGGAAGGUCCUGCGAUUGAUUAGUCUUCGUGCUCCAAUGCACGCAUGGUGUUCGAGAUAAAGCGCGUCGCGAAAUGGGUAAUCCUCGACAAGGUUCUGUUCGUGUAAGGUGGGCAACAGCAUUGAUGUCACUCCUUGCAUGGGUUACCUCUCCGACACAGAUUUUUAGGGCAUGUCAAGAACAGGAACAGGAUAAUUACAACGUGAUUGACGGAGAAAAAGAAGCAAAACCAGUAACGUAUUCCCCGUCGCCGCAUGCGCCUCCUCGUGUAUCGUCGUCAUGCAUGACAUCUCCCUAUGACGACUCACCACGUCUGCGGGAGAGAGAGAGAGAGAGAGAGAGAGAAGGAGAGGAACAACUGCUGCUGCUGGGGUCAUCUCCUCCAUGUUUCACGUUCGCUUCUUACAGUUGACCGAAACUACUGCUGCUGCUGGGGUCAUUUCCUCCAUGUUUCACGUUCACUUCCUACGGUAGACCAAAAGUGGCGCUCUUCGUUUCCGGUACGUCUCUCUCUCUCUCUCUCUCUCUCUCUCCCCACCUACCGCCUCAGUAUCACCUAAUGCACAAAUUCAACAGCCACAGCUGGUAAGCUUACGUCCCUUAACACGCCAUGACCGUAAAAAGAGAAUGGUACUUUACUGACGUUGGUUUUGGACGGACCCCCAGGAGGUAAACUUACCUGUGGUGAUGCAUGCUUCCACUGAUCUUAUAGAAACGCAGCAUCAGCCUGCAUGUCUCGCUGCGAUCCGCAACGGAGGACUGAGCUUGCUGUAGUUUCUGAGGAGACAUGGAAGUGGCACAGGAAUGGCCCGAGCCCAUUGUCCGGGUGCAGAGCUUGGCUGAUGCCGAAGCCAUCCCCGAGAGGUACAUCAAGCCACCGUCCGAGCGUCCCAAUCUGAAUCCCGGCACGGCCAUGGCGGCAGGUGAGACAGAAUGCCUUCCCGUCGUAGACCUCGGCGGGCUUAGAGGUGGCGCGGCGGAGAGGCAGGCGACGAUGCGCGCCGUGUCGGAUGCGUGCAGGGAGUGGGGUUUCUUCCAGGCGGUGAACCACGGGGUGAGCCCAGCGCUGACGGCGGCGGUCAGGGAGGCGUGGAGGCAGUUCUUCCAUCUUCCCAUGGCGGAGAAGCAGGCGUAUGCCAAUUCCCCCACCUCGUUCGAGGGCUACGGCAGCCGCCUCGGGGUCAAGAAGGGCGCCAUUCUUGACUGGGGCGACUACUUCUUCCUUCAGCUGUUACCGCAGUCCAUCAAGAACUACGACAAAUGGCCAACACUUCCUGCUUCCUUGAGGGAGACGACUGAGGCCUACGGCGACGAACUGGUGAAGUUGUGCGGGGUGAUAAAGGAGGUGCUGUCGUUAACCCUAGGAAUGGACGAAGGGUUCCUUCACAGAGGAUUCGGGGAGCCUGGCGCUUGCAUGAGGGUGAACUUCUAUCCCAAGUGCCCGCAGCCGGAGCUCACCCUCGGCCUCUCUCCCCACUCCGACCCCGGUGGGAUGACCGUGCUGCUCACCGACGAGCACGUCAAGGGGCUGCAGGUGCGCAAGGCCGACGACUGGAUCACGGUGCAGCCGAUCCCUGAUGCUCUCAUCGUCAACAUCGGCGACCAAAUCCAGGUGUUGACGAAUGCCACCUACAAGAGCGUCGAGCACCGAGUGACGGUGAACGCGACAACGGAGCGGCUCUCCCUUGCCUUCUUCUACAACCCCGACGACGACCUGCCCAUCGAGCCCGCCGCCGAGCUGGUGACGCCUACCUCGCCGCCGGUGUACAAGCCGAUGACGUUCAAGGAGUACAAGAUGUACAUGAGGAUGUUGGGCCCCUGUGGCAAGUCGCACGUAGAUCUCCACAAGGCUGCAUGA